AUGACGGCCGUGGCAUCUCCAUUGACCUUCCAGCCGAGCAGAAUAGGAUGGGCUGAUGGCGGCAAGAGCUACUCGUACUCCAACAUGAACUCCGACGAAGCCAGCAGGCCCGGCAUGUUCUCUAAUAACGCGCCCCCCGCUCGCAAAACAGUCCAGCGGCAGAACUCCUCUUCUUCCCUCGCUUCGAACAGCUCAGCGACAUCGACGAAUACCCUCACGGCGCCGUCAGUGCAGACGAAUGGAACCACGCCCACAGGGCCGGAAGCGGGGAGCUGGGUGAACAGGAAGAAGCCGACGAGAGGACUGUGGCCGCCGGGUAAGGCUGAGCCAGCGACGGGUAUAUCUACUGCGCGCCCGCAGCCUGUGAGCGCGAACAGCACUGGGCCUACUGCGUCGUCGGGACUGUCAGCCAUACAAGCUCCCCUCAUUCCAACCCAGCAGAUGGCAGCGAACGGCACAGCACAGACUAAUGGCGUGCGCAACCACGCUCCUCAAGCCCCGCCUGUCAUCCUCCACUUGAUGCCGCUCAAUGGCACGUUCGAGCGCAAGACCAUCACCGUGCCAUACUACCCCGACGUCCUGCGCAUCGGCCGGCAGACCAAUCAGAAGACCAUCCCGACCCCGCUCAAUGGCUUCUUCGACUCCAAAGUCCUCUCGAGACAACACGCCGAGAUCUGGGCUGAUAGGGAUGGUCUGAUCUUCAUUCGCGAUGUCAAAUCCAGUAAUGGCACGUUCGUCAACGGCGAGCGUCUGAGCCCGGAGAAUCGAGAGUCAGAGCCGAAGCAGCUGGUUGAAGGUGCCCUGCUAGAAUUGGGAAUUGACAUUGUGUCUGAAGAUCAGAAAACGGUCGUACACCACAAAGUCUCCAGUAAGGUGGAGCAUGCGGGAUACUACGGACAGAACAACGAUCCCUUGAACUUUGGCGACCUGGAUCCCAGCAAUGGAGGGCAGAUGGUUAAUGGGCCCAGCCCGCUGCGGAGAAAUGGAAGUCAAGGUUCAUUGGCCGGCAGAGGGGGCUUGAAUGCGACGUUGAACCAGAACAUUGGCGGUGGAGGAGCCAUCAGUCAGCAGCAGCACAUGCGGAAUUGGCUGAACCCGAUCAGCAUGGAGCAGAUUGUGAAGAAGCUGAACGCCGAGUUGAAAUACGCAGAACAACAGUCCCGCGAUCUCGAACGGACCAAGCGCGCCCUCGCCGACAUGCUCACCGGCACGGCCGAAGCACCGUCUAAGGACGCCAGUAUACAGGAACCUUUCAAGGAGCCGAAGCACAACUCCGAGAAACGUCCCUCUCCACUCAAGUCCUCAAAAAGUGACCUCCACGCCCAUUUCUCACUGCCUCCCGCUCCGCCACCAUCCGUCCCGCUCCCUGCGAAACCAGACGUCGCCCGCGCGCUUGCGGAUCCGGUGAUUCAGCCUCUACUCCGCCGAACCGAUACCGCGCGUCCAGGCUCAGAAACAUCUUCGCCCACAAAAAUAGACCAUAGCGGCGAUAUCCUCCGCCUCUGCGAAGAGCUCAAGUUGGCCAAAGGCGAGCUCUCAGAGCAAGAUCACCGCAUGAAAGGUCUCGAGGACGCGCUGGCUAAGGAGAAGGAAGCGCGAGAGGUGGCGGAGAAUACCGCUGGCAAGUCCGACACGCAUGACUGGGCCAGGAAACGUGAGGGUGGGGAGGAUGAGGAGAGGAAAGACUCGCCACGCGAUAGUAGCGAUGGUGAGGAGGGUUUAAGAAGGCAGGUUGAGCGGUUGACGGCGAGUAUGGACGAGAUGAAGGCGCAGAUGGAGGCUUUCCGCCAGCGCGCCGAGUCAGCUGAGCACGAGCGCGAUACCGCGCAGAAGAGCUUGGCGGAGAUGGUGGAAGAGAAGAGGCGGAGAGACGAAGGUAGGACAUCGCGCUCACCAUCUUCCGCCCGACGAUCACCCAAGCGUCGCUCAUCCGCUUCACGCCCCGCCUCGUCCGGCGCGCAGACCGACGGCUCCGCUGCGCACGCUGAGGCAGAAGAAACGAGCACAUCCCUCCUCACCCGCGCCGGCAUCCAGCACGACCGCCCCAUCUCCCCCGAACAAGCGCAGCAGCUCACCCGACUUCUCGCGCAGGAGGUGCUGAAGGCUGAUGAUCGAGGUGGUGGUGUUGGGGGGCCGGCUACGGACUGGCAUGGACGGGAAGCGGUGAGUGCGGCGACGGUUGUGUUGGUUGGAGUGGUGGUUAUGGGGUGGUUGAAUGGGUGGACGUGGGUGGGGGUUACUGAGGGGAAGAUGAGAUGA